UACAACAAAAAUCAUUUUCUAAUCAAUUACAAUUAUUAACAAAAACUUUAUAUAAAUAUGAAGAUAAAAAUAAUAAUUAUUUAUUAGAUUUUGAUUGUUUUAAACAACUAAUUAAAACAGAAGAAUAUCAAUUAAUUAGAUUUUUAAAUGAAAUAACUAAUGCAUUAUUAAAUAUAUUUCAUUAUUUUAAUAUUGUUGAUUUUUAUAAUAUUCAUGAAUUAUGUCAACCUAAUAAUAUAACACUUUUAUCUGCAAAUCAUUUAGCAAUAUCAAUUUCAAAUGAAUAUUUAUUUUUUAAUCCUGAAAAUAUUGAACCAACUAGAAUAAUAAUUAAUUUAAUAUCUAAAUAUAAUGAAUGUUUUGAUAAAAGUUAUAAUAAAUAUAAAAUAGAAUGGAUUUCUCAAAAUACUUUUCAAUCUAAUUCUCAAAAUCAUAAAGAUUUAUUAACUUUACAUAUAUAUGAUAAUGCAAUUAAAGAGCAUAAAGAAGAAAGAUCAAUGAAAA